AUAUAUUAUUCAUUUUUUUCUUUAUCCUUUAUUUCAAAAUCCUUUGUUGUUAUUUUGGCUCUUCUUUAACUGGUUAUAGCUAUUGCAAAUUAGCAUUAAAAAAACCUGUCUUUGAGUCCAAGUUUUUUUUCUAGUUGGAUUUCCGGUUCCUAUCACCAUCCAAAAUUUUGGGUUAGUUUUCAUUUUGUUCAGUGAUUUGGCUAUGGUGGGUAGUUGCUGAAUCUUGGGUUUAAAACUAUGUAGUGGUUAGUUUAUUUUCUUUCUUUUUCUUCUGGGUUCCAUUUUCGUUUUCAUAUUUGUGUAUCAGAAACCAAUCCAUUUUAUAGUGUUGGAUUGAAGUGUUAGUAGGAUCUUGACCUCGGGUAGUCUUUGUUUUCUCAUAAAAAUAUCAUCUUUACAAGUUCAUUGGUUUUUCUUUUUUAUUUUCUUUUUUGGUAAGUUUUGGGUAAUGAGUUCUUUUGGGUCUUCUGUGGUCGAGGGAAAUUGAGUGAAAAUGAGGUCACUUGCUGAGUAUCUGCUUUUGUUUUUGACAUCUGGGGUUCUUAUUGUGGUCUGUGAGGCAUUUGUACAAAAAGAAGUUUUGGCACUUAGAACUUUUAAGGAAGCUAUAUAUGAAGACCCACAUCUGGUUUUGAACAAUUGGAAUGCUUUAGACACCGAUCCUUGUGACUGGAAUGGCGUUUCAUGCACUGGGUCUCGAGACCAUGUUAUAAAGAUUAAUAUAUCUGGGGCAUCUAUAAGGGGAUUUCUUGCUCCAGAAUUGGGACAACUUAGCUUCUUGCAAGAACUAGUUUUGCAUGGAAACAAGCUGCUUGGAGUAAUUCCCAAGGAACUGAGUUUGUUAAAGAACCUCAGGAUCUUAGACUUGGGAGUGAAUGAACUCACUGGUCCAAUUCCUCUAGAGUUUGGGAACUUAACCAGUGUUAUGAAAAUAAACCUUGAAUCCAAUGGGUUGACUGGCCAUCUUCCUCCUGAGCUUGGAAACUUGAGCAACCUCACGGAGCUUCGGUUGGACAGGAAUAGGCUUCAAGGGACUGUUCCUGCUGGUGGCAAUGUUGAUUGGACCUCUAGCAUGCAUAGAAUGUAUGCACCAGGAUCAAACUCAACAGGUUUCUGUCGAUCAUCUCCGUUCCAAAAGGCAGAUUUCUCAUACAACUUCUUUGUUGGCACUAUACCUAAGUGCUUGGAUUAUCUUCCAAGGACAAGUUUUCAAGGGAACUGCCUCCAACAUAAAGAAAUAAAACAGCGCCCUAAAAAGCAAUGUGAUGGUGUUUCUCCUAUCAAAAGCCAUGCAGAAGCUAAUCAAAAGCACCAGCCACUUGAUUAUCAGUCCAAGCAUCAGGGAACAUCAAAACCUACCUGGCUUCUGGCUCUGGAAGUAGUGACAGGAGUCAUGGUGGGCUCUCUCUUUCUAGUUGCACUUCUCACAGCUAUCCAGAAAUGCAAUACAAAAUCGUCCCUUAUUAUUCCUUGGAAGAAAUCAGCAAGCGAGAAGGAACACGUUAGUGUAUACAUAGAUUCCGAGUUGUUAAAAGAUGUAGUUAGAUUCAGUAGACAAGAUCUUGAAGUAGCCUGUGAAGACUUCAGUAACAUUAUUGGGACUUCACCAGAUAGUGUUGUCUACAAAGGAAACAUGAGAGGUGGGCCUGAGAUUGCAGUGAUAUCCCUAUGCUUCAAAGAAGAGAAUUGGACUGGUUUUCUUGAACUCUAUUUUCAAAAAGAGGUGGCAGAUUUGGCAAGAUUAAGUCACGAGAAUACUGGGAAGUUGCUUGGUUAUUGUAGUGAGUGCACUCCAUUUACAAGGAUGCUAGUUUUUGAAUAUGCAUGUAAUGGAACACUGUAUGAGCACCUUCAUUAUGGAGAAGGAUGCCAGUUGUCUUGGACACGGCGAAUGAAAAUUAUAAUAGGCAUUGCUCGAGGAUUGAAGUAUCUUCACUCAGAAAUUGAGCCACCAUUUACCAUAUCAGAGUUAAAUUCUAGUGCUGUAUACCUUACAGAAGAUUUUUCCCCCAAGCUUGUUGACUUUGAAAGCUGGAAGGGAAUUAUUGCUAGGUCUGAAAAAUAUUCAGGCUCCAUUGACAACCAAGGUUCUAUAUGCGUUCUUCCAAAUUCUCUGGAAGCUCGCUACCUCGAUAUUCAAGGGAAUCUUUAUGCAUUUGGUGUUCUUUUACUGGAAAUAAUCAGUGGGAGAGCUCCAUACUGUAAAGAUAAAGGCUGCUUGUUGGAAUGGGCCAAGGAGUACAUUGAGUUGCCAGAAGUGAUGUCUUAUUUGGUGGAUCCUGAACUGAAACAUUUUAAGUAUGAAGAUCUCAUGGUCAUAUGUGAGGUGGUGAAUCUUUGCAUAAAUGAAGAUCCCACCAAGCGACCGCAGAUGCAGGUGUUAUGCAACAUGUUGGAGACCCGAAUUGACACGACAAUCGCCAUCGAGCUCAAGUCAUCAUCUUUAGCAUGGGCUGAACUUGCUCUCUCAUCCUAAUAUGAAGUUGAAGCUAACACACCUUGUAAAGCAGAAUUAUAUACAGUUUUACUACUAUCUUUUUCUGUCCCACUCACCACCACCUUGAGUUUUAAAUUACCCUUUUGUUUUAAUCUUUGUAAAUGUUGUGUUGAAGAGAAGAGUUGAGAGUUUCAUGCAAGACAAGUCUCCUUGUAUACCAUUGGAUGAUCAGGAAAGUUCUGAAAUUACUAACAAGCGAAUUAAUAUAUCAUAAUAGGCAUUUUUUUUCU